CCAGGAAAUGGACGAAGGAAGUCAUUUUUCCACGCUGAUAAUUUUGUGUCAAAAAUCCAAAUUAUUUGUACUCGGAUAGUGCAUGCGUUAUGAUAGGUUCUUCGUUCAUAUAAAUGUGUAGUUUCUGCCCUGCGUGUUUGUUUGUUUAUCAUUUGCAAUGACGUAGAUGAACAUGCUACAGUGGGCUACGCUGUUGUAGCCUCCUCCAUCGGUACCAUGCACUAACGACGGAUUCAGACUGGAGAAAUGAACACACCGGCAUUUAUAAUUAUUUCUCGUAUUUAUACACAUAUUUUCUUUUCUAGCACAUAGUUCGCCGGCUGUCACUUGCAGUUUCAGUAUUUUCUCCCUUUGUGUACACUCUCGGAGACCAAGGAAGAAAGAUGUUUCACAAAACGUCUUUUACAACCUUAAUCAUUGGCGUCUUUAUUGUGUACGUCCUACAUACUUGCUGGGUGAUGUAUGGCAUUGUAUAUACCAAGCCGUGUGAAAAUCCCAAAAGCGAAAGCUGCAUCAGCCCGUAUUUGACAGGAAAACAACGACUGGAGCUCAGCGUGUACACUGCCGUGCGACACAACGCAGAAGGGGGCCACACACUCAUUCUGAAAGAGGAGGAUUUCGAUUUGCAUUCCAAAUUUGAGAGGCAGGUGAACAUCAGCUUGCCUAAGAAGACUCGUAAGAAUGGCACCCUGUAUGCCCUGGUGUUUGUGCACCAAGCAGGGGUGUCUCCCUGGCAGGACCCCCGGCAGGUGCACCAGGUCACCCAGCUCACCACCUACAUGCUCCCCAAGCCACCGGAGGUCAGCCUCAUCGCAGGCCAAGAGGAGCCCAGUCCCAAGGAGCAGCGUAGGUCGGAGCAGGGUGCAGAGAAACCCAUAUCCCACUGGCGCACGCGGCUCACGCUGAACGUGGUGUCCGAGGAGUUUGUGUUUGACCGCAACGCACUGCCGGCCGAUGUGCACCGCUAUCUGAAAAUACAUCAGCAUGGGAAGAAGAUGGUGUAUUUGCCAUUGCUGUUUGUAGACGAGUUGAGCAACAGAGUGAAAGACUUGAUGGAAAUCAACAGCACCACAAAAGAGGUUCCACUCACAAUUUCCUAUGACACCAUCUCACUGGGCAGGCUGCGCUUUUGGAUUCACAUGCAAGACGCCGUCUUCUCCCUUCAACAUUUUGGAUUCACAGAGAAGGACACAGAUGAGAUCAAGUCCAUAUUCGUGGACACUAACCUCUAUUUCCUCGGCUUGACCUUCUUCGUCGCCACAUUCCAU